UCUCAAGGAGGGUUGUAGUAUCUCAAAUCUGAAAUCUGCCUUAGCUAGGUAUUGCCAUGUAUCCUUUCCAUACAUAUUAAGCUAGGUUUCUUGAUGUUAUUAGCUUUUCUAGUAGCGAACGUUCUUUUCUUUAUUUUUGCAACAUUCGAAAUUUUUGUAUUGACUUCUUUUUGCAACUACCUUCACUUCUCGUUGAUUAUUCCAUUGAAUCCUUUUUUGCCUGGGUAACAAUGCUUUUCCCUAGCCUUAUCCUGCUGGCAUCGACAGUCUUUACUGCUACAAAUGCUCUCGCUGUCAGUACAACUUAUACAGUUAUAGACCCUACUACAGCUCCAACAAUUUUGCAACGCGAUGCGACUACUAGUGCUUCAUCUGCAUCUACAAGUCCGGUGUACUUCCUAACAACCAACUAUGUUACCAUUACGGGGAUGACCAAUGCAUAUGUCACACUUCCAGCCAAAACCAUCUCUUUCGCUGUUCCUACCUGCAUCCAAACACUCACACCGGACAAAAAUGGUUAUUUACCUCCUGGUACAUGUAAUGCUCUUUAUGACUACUAUCCAAGUUCUGCCUUGGCCUUGGCGUUUGCUGCGAUAUUUGGGGCUCUCACUAUAGCUCAUCUUAUACAAGCUGUGUUUUACAAGAAGGUAUUUGCCUCGGCUUUAUUUAGGAUUUAUAUGCCAAAAACUAACAUAUUGUGUAGGCAUACAGUUUCUUCGUAUUUGCAGCCUCCAUCUGGGGUCUUACAGCCUUUACUCUCCGCGUUUUAUCAACCCAUAAUCAACAAGAUACUGUCCUCGAACUCUUGUCCUCCAUCUUCGUUCUGACCAUUUCACCCUUCGUCAAUGCUUAUCAUUGCAUUCUUCUUGGCCAUCUCGUACAUCACUUUCUCACCAGUCGUUCUCUACAAGGAAUCCGCGCUAGGUUCCUCCCACUACCAUUUUUGGUAGUAAACACAGCGGUGUUUGUGCUAGAAGUUGUGGGCGCAACGAUGAUGGAUAAGAGGAAUUUAGAGUGGGAGCAAAGAACCGCUGAUCAUGUACAUAUUGGAGGUUUGGUUGUACAGAUGUUGAUUAAUUUUGUGUUUAUUGGUAUGCUUGUGGCAUUUUGGUUCGAGGUGAGUGGUUCAGGAAGAAGUGUGACGGGAACAAAAUGGAAGGGAUUAGUAGGGGCGAUAUUUGGCGCAUCGGGUUUGAUUUUGGUGAGUUCUUCUAUCCUUACACAAUUAGACGAUAGAAUUUUCAUAUCGAAACAGAAUAUUAACAAAGUACAAUGCAGAUUCAAAUCUUCUCCUCACUCGCCCGAUUCUCCGCCGGAGAUAAAUCUUCCAGUAUCCUCUCCUCUCACGAAUCAUAUUUCUACAUUUUGGAAAUCACCCCAACAGUACUAGCGAUAGCUACCCUAAAUGUCUUUCAUCCCGGUCGAUUCAUGACCGGAGAAGAGAAAAUGGAAAGUCUCUGGAGUAUUCUCACGAGUCUUCUGCCAUGUUGCAGAUCAAGAAAUAAAUCGAGGAGAACCAACGCGACCUCGAUAGCUAGCUCGAAGGAAUUGGUUGGAUUGGAUGAGCAGAGCAAAUAUGAAAAGAAUUAUGGAUCACCAAGGUAUAGUCCUUUGUGAUUGGAGGAAAUCCGAGCUGGACUUAAAGUUUGGACUUUGGCAUUUUAGUUUGGUGUUUGUUUGCGGGAAAAUAUAUAGGCUUUCUUGGUUAUUUAGUUGUGUAGGAAUACCGUUUUUCUUA